AUGUUCCGUAUUACUUCUUCUAGAAGAAUCUCCUCCAAUUGUAACAAGAUUAUUGCCUCUCCAAAUGUGGCUCUUCAACAACGUUCCUUCCAUCAUGAAACCGUAAGAAUGGAUUCAUCGGAAGCCUUGAAAAAGACCUCUCUCUAUGAUUUCCAUGCUGAACAUGAGGCUACAUUUGUCCCAUUCGCCGGUUACAAAAUGCCAGUCAUGUAUCAAUUGAGCAAAUUUAAAGACGCUCUCAAGAGAGAACAUUUACAAUGCAGAAAUUCUGCUGCCUUGUUUGAUGUCUCUCAUAUGGGUCAAGUCAAGAUUACUGGUGCCGAUGCUCAAGAAUUUCUCGAAAAAGUCACACCUGCCAAUAUCAUUCAACUCAAAAUUGGUCAGGCACGUCUCACCCAAUUCACAAAUGAAAAUGGUGGAAUUUUGGAUGAUUUGAUGAUCACUAAAAAAGGAGAGAGUAACGGAAAUUUUGAUUUUUAUGUGGUGAUUAAUGCUGCUUGUGUGGAGAGUGACAUGGCACAUUUACAAAAUCAAUUGAAAAAUCUCAAAUGUGAUAGAACUGGAAAGACAUUCUCAGAAUCUGAUUUGCAAAUUAGCAUGAUUCCAGGAAAGAGUUUGAUUGCUCUUCAGGGACCAAAGGCCGUUGAGGCAUUAUUACCAUUGCUCGCCAACGAUGAAGCAAGAGACAGAGUUAAAAAUCUCAAAUUCAUGACAUGCUCAGAUGAAGUUGUAGUAGUACCUGGCAGUAAAAAGCCAUCCUUCUCUGUUCAAGUUUCCAGAUGUGGUUAUACAGGUGAGGACGGUUUUGAAAUUUCUGUUCCUGAUGAAGCCGCUGUUGACUUGUCUAGAGCCUUGUUGCAAGUUGGUGGAAGUGAACCUCUUGUUCGAUUGGCUGGUCUCGGCUGCAGAGAUACUUUGCGUUUGGAGGCUGGUUUGUGUCUCAUGGGUCAUGAUAUGACACCUCAAAUCACUCCAAUUGAGGCAGCCUUAAACUUCACAAUUGCUAAACGUCGUCGUGAAGAAGGUGGUUUCCCAGGUGCACAAGUCAUUAAGAAGCAACUCGAGUCAGGUGUAGAAAAGUUGAGAGUUGGCUUUUCAUAUGGUCAAGAGCUUGUUGGAACUGGAAAGACAGCAGUCAUUGCUCGUGAAGGUUACAAAUUCAAGGACUUGAAAACUGGUGAAGAAAUUGGUUAUGUGACAAGCGGUACUUUGAGCCCAAUUUUGAAUCACCCAAUUGGUAUGGGUUACAUUAAAAGUGAAUACGCCAAAGAGGGAACUGAAUUUGGAAUUCAAAUUAGAAAUACUUUGCAAGUUGCAAAGAUUACCAAGAUGCCUUUUGUUCCAACUCGAUAUGCCAAGUAG